AAUGUAAUAGAAUUAAGCAAUUUGCAGGUUCAAGAAUUUUAAUGUUUUAAGCAAAAGAGGAAGAGAGGCAUGGCAUUUUCAGAUAAAAUUGUUCAAGUUUGGGAUGAAUGGGAGAUCCGGGCACUGCUGUUACUCAGCUUGUCAUUGCAAGUAAUACUCACGACACUCGGUUCUGUCCGAAAACGUUCAACGAGUACAUGGAUCAGGUUGUUUGUUUGGUCGGCAUACAUGUCUGCAGGCAUGGUGACAAGUGUUGCAUUGGGCAUUCUUGCCAUGGACAACAAAGGCGAAAACUCGAACCAGUUGUUCUGGACGCCGUUCCUCGUCCUGCACCUCGGCGGCCCCGACACCAUCACCGCCUACUCUUUAGAAGAUAACGAAUUGUGGCCGAGGCAAUUUCUCGAUAUCUUAUUCCAGAUCGGAGUUGCAGCAUAUGUGGUAUUGAAAUCUUGGGGUGAAAUUGAACUUCUAUGGAUUGCCCUCCCGGUAUUCAUUGCUGGAUCUAUAAAGUACAGUGAGAGGACUUGGGUGUUGAAGCUUUCAAGUACUCAAAAUCUUAGGGAUUUCUUGUUUUCUGAUCCUGACCCUGGACCUGAUUACCCUGACUUCAUGGAAAAGAAAUCGAGGGAUAUUGACUCUGAAUCGUCGUUGCCACCGAGUGCUACGCCUCCUCAACGAUAUUCGGGAUCUCCGGAUGAUCAUCUGUCUCAAGCUUAUUACUUAUUCAAUAGGUUCACAUAUUUAUUUGCGGAUCUUAUUCUUGGCUACGAUGAGCGACAAGAUUGUCACUCCAUGAUCUGCGAUAAGUCAUCGGAAGAAGCCUUUGAAUUGGUGGAAGGUGAGCUUGGCCUUUUGUAUGAUGCGCUCUACACCAAGCUAACAGCUCUCCACUUUCGAUACCGAGGGUACCGACGACGAUGUUUCACCCUUUUCGUAACCGUAUUUGCAUUGACGUCAUACAAGAUCUUCGGUGAUGACGAUAGCUCAGCUGAUACUUUGAUAACAUAUUUGCUACUGAUCGGAGCAGUCGGUCUCGAGGUUUACGGUUUUUUCGUUCUUAUCCUCUCCGACUGGACAAAGCUAUGUGUACUGCGGUAUGUAAAAGUGAAUCGUGUUCGAAUCGGUAAGAGAUGGUCGAGGAAGAUAUCGAAGUUCAGCAUGAUCAAGUUUUGCCUCAGAAAACAGGACCAAGACACCAUGUGGAUCAGAUUUCUAAACAAACUCAGCAUCGAGGAAAAGGUGGCUAAAAUUCUAAACGUAGAGUACGAACAAGUGGAAUCCGAACUGAAAAGCCUCAUCUUCCAAGAGCUAAAAGAUCGAAGUGAGAACAUCAAUAGUUCGUUCGACGUCAAUUCAUGCAAGAAACUAUUGAGUUACAGAGGAGAUUCUGUGCUUGAUAAAAUGGAAUGCCUUGAGCUUCUCAAAUGGAGCACAACUGAUGUCGAAUUCGACCACAGCCUUCUUCUCUGGCACAUCGCUACUCAACUCUGCUACUUCGAUGAUGCCACAAGGGCGGUUCAAGGGUCAAAUUCCCUGCAAAAUCUGAAAAAACACUCCAAAAUAAGCAAAGGGUUAUCAGAAUAUAUGAUGUACAUUCUCGUCAUGCAUCCAAAUAUGCUUCCCAAAGGGAUUGGUGAGAUAAGAUUCAAAGAUACGUGUGCCGAAGCCAUUAGAUUUUUCCAACGAAAGAAAAAGGAAAUUGGAACCAAGGUAGAUGAAGCUUGCCAUAACUUAUACGAAAUUGACACUAAUUUUUUAGAACAAGCCAAGGGAGAUGCGACCAAAUCUGUUCUCUUCUAUGGCAGCCGAUUAGCAAAGCAACUGCAAUCUUUGGGAUUUGAGAGGAAAUGGGUCUUGAUGAACAAAGUUUGGGUUGAAUCACUGUCAUUUGCAGCAGUUCAUUGUGGAUGGAAAGAGCAUGGUCAACAGUUGAGGAGAGGUGGGGAGUUGCUAACCCAUGUUUGUCUUCUGAUGGCACAUCUGGGUUUAAGCGAACAAUAUCAAAUCCAGAAACAAUACUUCAGAAUCCAUCAAGAGAAACGCAGGGACAAGCUUCCACUAUGCUAUCCUUUCUUGAAGAUAUUUGCUCGCUUUGUUUAUAGAUGGAAGGUUUAA